CUAACAUUAAGUUCAUACCACCACCAGCACACAGCAAACGUAUGUGCUAAGUACAUAGUUACACAUCGUACACCGCCGCCCUCUGUAUCAUCAUGCCCCCACUCCAGCGCUUUGCCUCCUCCUCAACAAUCUCGACUGUAACUCACUCAGACACGUCUAUUGCUGAUACGUCGAUCUCGGAAUCAAACACUCCUACUGCACAUGUACCCUAUAUCAGACGACGCAACACUCCACAACAACUCAAGGCUCUCCAGCAGCUGCUUGAAUUGACGGUCCAUCCAACUCGGGAGCAGCGCCUAGCUUUGGCUGUAGAGCUCGGCAUGGAGCUCAAGUCUGUGACCAACUGGUUCCAAAAUAGACGCCAGACAGAGAAAAGAAAAUCUCUCGUCUGGAAUGAGAAUAAUCCUCCCAAAACUCACCCACCUCAAUUGCGUCGUCUGAAACAGCGUAACCCCAGCGGCGGAUCAAUAUCGUCCUUCUCUGUUUCACUUGAUAAAAUCGCUCAGUUGUCUGAGAGACCUUCAUCACCGUCGUUACUCCUAACCGCCAAUCAAGCACCGCUCACUCCGCGGACUACCAACGUCUGUGUCCCAUCGUCUCCAAGCCCAUCAGAGUUAUGGAAACAUAUCCCAUCAUCCCCCGCUAUUCCACAAUCCUCACCAGGUGCUGAGGAAGCUAGGCUGGCUGGCCUUCCCUCGCGAUCAAAGACCUGGCGUUCGUUAGAAUGGGCCUGUCUCAAGGCGAGGCGAGGCAGGCAGGUUGACGGUGAAGAAGAGGAAGACAACCUCCCUUGUCUCCCCUAUUUGAGUUACGGUAGUGGCUCAGAUGAUGGGUCAUAUGAGGCCCUCACUCCUGAUUCUAGCGUCCAAAACAUCAAUCUCUCUCCCCAGAGCAAUUCUUGUCAAGGCUUCGGUGGAGAAGAGGACAACAAGGGCCUGUUUUCUGACUUGAGCAAACCUCGCCAGUCAGAGGAUGUCGAAGCUGCCAUGACACUCCUUGGUUUUAUGGCGCGUCGUUAACCUAACAGCAUGUCGUUCUCAGUUAUUUUAUACCUUUCUCUUCGUGUGCACCUAUCAAGGAACCUGUUGUUGUAUUCCAGUCAUUAUUUGGUUUUUAUUAGAUACCUACGAAACGUUUGCUUUACCACAUCAUACCGUUGCAUCCAUGCCAUGUAUAGAAUGAUCCGAGCUUAUUCGUCGUCGCGUCGAUAUUUUUGC